AUGUCAAGAAAGGUUCGUUGGAAUCACAAGGCUGAGUUCAAUUGCAGUGAAGAAAUCUCAAAAGCCAUUGGAUCCAAGGCAGAUCUACUGGACUUGUGUCAUCGUCUGAGUGUUAAACCUUCUGGCGUCUUGCAGAUCAUGAGCACAUGUUUGACCUUCCCGCCUCACAUGAUUGGCCGUAGUACUCUGAAGAUGCUUAAAGAAUGGGCACACCAAGGUGGGACUAGGGCGAGGCUUCUGGAAGUUGCUCAGGCUUUCCGUUUCAACGAUGCAGCAGUCAAGAUAGUAGAAGCCAUGACUUGCCAACCAAGCUAUAUGCCUUUCAUCUCGCAUGGCAUCAUUGAUCACAAGGGUGGCAAACUAACCCUCGAUGAACUUGGUAUUGCCGUAUCUAUCCCUGAAGGAGCUAUGCCCAAAGGGAUGAGUUCAGUUGUAACUCUUCGCGUCCCAAGUCAUGAUACUCCUAGGCUUCCUGUACGGGAGGGUGAGGUAGUCAUUACUCCAGUCAUAGAAAGUUCUCUGACACAAGAACUGCUCAAGCCUGCCACUGUGGUAUUACCACACUGCAAUCUCCAUGAGCAUUCGGUCGUAGGAACGUUACUCCGGGCCCGUCACACCUUUCAAAAGAUAAGAUCAAGUUUCGUACACGUCAUCUUCAAGUCUGUGCUCUGUCAUCGACCGAUCUUCAAGGACUCCAGUUGA